ACACAAGCAGACUCUCAAAAAAAAGUGCCGGUCAUUACUAGCAGACGUUUCCAAAAAAAAUAUUCGGUCGAAAUUUGUCUAGAAGUGCUGCUGAACAAAUAUUAAAUUUUUUCUUCAAAAUGUCAAUCUGGACACCAUUGGAAUCUAACCCGGAGGUGCUGACCAAAUACAUACACAAGCUGGGCGUGUCGCCGUCCUGGUCGGUAAUUGACGUCAUCGGUCUGGAUGAUGAGUUGCUCGCAAUGUUGCCAAUGCCCGUCAAGGCUCUCGUCCUCCUCUUUCCCAUCAGCCAAAAGUAUGAAGAGUUUUGCGCUGAGGAAAAGAAACGCAUAAUGGCUGGCGCUGAACCGGAAAAGCAUCCGGAAGAUCUCUUCUAUAUGCGUCAAUUCACCCAUAAUGCCUGUGGCACCGUUGCUCUCAUCCACAGUGUGGCCAACAAUAAAGACAUUGAUAUCGCUGAUGGUGUGCUGAAGUCUUUCCUGGAUAAUGGACUUGCCUUAUCGCCGGAGGAACGCGGUCAUGCCUUGGAGAAAGACAAGGCCUUCACCGAGGACCAUCAGAAGCUGGCCCUGGAGGGACAAACUGAUGCAGCCGCCUAUGAGAAAGUGAUUCAUCAUUUCAUUGCACUUGUUAACAAGGAGGAUACCCUAUACGAGCUGGAUGGCCGCAAAUCGUAUCCAGUCAGUCAUGGCAAGACAUCGGCGGAGACCUUUGUGCGUGAUGCCGCCAAGGUGUGUAAGGAGUUCAUGGCCCGGGAUCCAGAUGAAUUGCGUUUUACAGUCUUGGCUCUGGCUGCCACCGAAGCAUAAAUUAUUUAUAUAUACUAAAUAUUUGUAUGAUCUCUGAUCAAAACAUACGCCUAUUAACGCAUUUGUAAGGCCAAUGAGCAGCGCUUGAAGAUUCGCUCUUGGCCAUAUUAACCCGCCCAAAAUUGUCAUUAUUAUUAUCGCUUAUUCAUAUAAUUUUGUUUCGAAAGAUAUAAAAAAAAAACUUCGCAUAAAAUGCUUGAGAACUGAAUAUGUAUAAUCAA